CUGCUUCUCUUGGCCGAGCCGGGGGCGCGCGCGCGCGGCCGUCCGGAGCGGGCACCCCACCCCUCGACUCCCGCGACCCGCACCGCACCCCCACCCGGGCCCGGAGGAUGAUGAAGCUCAAGUCGAACCAGACCCGCACCUAUGACGGCGAUGGCUACAAGAAGCGGGCCGCGUGCCUGUGUUUCCGCAGCGAGAGCGAGGAGGAGGUGCUACUUGUGAGCAGUAGUCGCCAUCCAGACCGAUGGAUUGUUCCCGGAGGAGGCAUGGAGCCCGAGGAGGAGCCAAGUGUGGCAGCAGUCCGUGAAGUCUGUGAGGAGGCUGGAGUAAAAGGGACAUUGGGAAGAUUAGUCGGAAUUUUUGAGAACCAGGAAAGAAAGCACAGAACAUAUGUCUAUGUGCUUAUUGUCACAGAAGUGCUGGAAGACUGGGAAGACUCAGUCAACAUCGGAAGGAAGAGGGAAUGGUUUAAAAUAGAAGAUGCCAUAAAAGUGCUGCAGUAUCACAAACCCGUGCAGGCAUCAUAUUUUGAAACAUUGAGGCAAGGCUACUCGGCCAAUAACGGCACCCCGGUCGUGGCCACCACAUACUCGGUUUCUGCUCAGAGCUCGAUGCCCGGCAUCAGAUGACUGAAGACUUCCUGUAAGAGAAAUGGAAAUUGGAAACUAGACUGAAGUGCAGAUCUUCCCUCUCACCCUUGCUCUUUCACCUCUCCUCACAGGCCUCCUUUUUCAAAUAAGGCAUGAUGGGCAGCAGAGAAAGGGUUAUUGAUAAUGUUGCUGUUUGGUGUUAAGUGGUGGGGCUUUUUCUUCUCUUUUUAUUGAGGGGGUGGGGGUGGGGUAUGUCAUUUGUAAAGUACUUUUGGUGCAUGAUCCGUCCUUCCCUUUAAACACCCUGUAAUCCUCUGAGGAGAGGCAAACAGCCUUCCCUCUGCCUUGGAUUCUGAAGUGUUGCUAUUUGUCUUAUCCCGGCCCUGGCCAGACAUUUUUCUUUGAUUUCUAAAUUUUUUUUUUUUUUUUUUUUAAAGAUACCAGUGUCAGAGAAAACUUUUCAAGAAUUUGUCCUAUAAUGUAAUGUUUCAGUCCAGUAGGUUGGUCAUUUUCACUGUAGGCUACAUUUAUCUACACAUUAUAUACUGGGCAUAUAAUAUGUAAAUAAAUGACUUUUAGAAAGAAGAAUUUAACUGUUUAAUUUUUCAGAGUUAUUUUUCUCUUUCCCCCUUUAUUCGGGGUAUUUCUGAAAAGGAGCCUCGCAAUUAAUUUGCUUUUUGGUUUUUAAACAUAUUUUGGCUAGGCAAGUUUUCCUGUCCUCUCUAUUCCCAAGCAUUGACUGUAGUGAUCUACAUGGGAAGAGUUUAGCUACUUUCAUAGCCCUCCCAGGACUCAUGGCCUUCUCUUCUCUAAGCUGUGUUUCCACGCCAAGAAGGAAACAGGAAGAGACCUAUUUUCUUUUUUAUUACCAAGCCAGGAGCAAAUAAAUGGCCUCAUCCCAGAUCCAGAGAAACAGUGAUAGAAAUUGAAGUCUGCCCUAUGUGUUGACUAUAGGGAUUUGAACUGGAUUCUUGGAAUUAUCAUCUAAAGAACUGGAGCAUCAAGCACCGUUUCUAUCCUGCUGGUUUAGAAUUUCUUCCAUAAUGCUACUCAAUUGCCGACCACAGCCUCUCUUCUUGUCCAUAUAUGCCUUAUACAGUGCUGAACUGGAUAUUGUCUUUGUGCUCUAAAGCAUCUGACUGUAUUUUGCAAGUGCAGCUGUGCAGCCCUGUCUCCGUAUUGGGUAACCAUGCUAAGUUCCUGAAAAGUGCACAGGGGGGACAUUCAGGUGUUUGCUUGUCUUUGUAAUGUUGCAGCACUUGUAAUUGCACCAUGGAGCAUGCUCAGAAAUACGAAACCUUGUCUCCCACUGGGAUCUGAAAGGUCCAUCUUCUGCUGAGAAGUGCUAUGAGAGGAUGCUUAGUCAUUUACUAGAACAGCUAUGUCAUGCAUUGGCUCACUGCAGAGAUUCCCUUGUUGGUUUUUGAUACAAGUUUUAUGCUGGUUUCAUUUGCCAGUUGUGUUGUUUAGUUGGGAAGUAAGCAGAAAGGGGUCUUUAGAUUGUAGGGGGUGGGAGUGGGGUGGGAUGGAUUGGAGGAGGGCACUGAUUGAUCCCUGGCUUGGGACAAGAGUAUGUCACUGUACUCUUAGUGGCAUCUCCUUUGUCAAAACAUAGCCAAGAUGUGAAAUUAAAAUCAUAGUUCUCUUUAUUUGAAAAUUCUAAUAAAUACUUGUACUUCCAAAAGCUUUUGCUCUUCCCUCCCACUAAAAGAAAUGUAUAUAUCUGGUAGAGCUGUCAUUUAGUGUUCAUAGUUUUUGGGGUCACGAGUUAGUGAACUAAAUUGUGUUGCGUAGUCUGUGUGCAUCCUCUCUCCUAGUCUUCAAACACAGCACUGAAAAGCAGUGUUGGCCAUUUCCUUAGCUUACCGUCCUACCUCUGGGAAAGGAAUCACAUCUCCAAGUAAGGGUCCCAGUGCUCAGAAAUAGCACCAGGGUAUUUGACACUAAAUGCCAACUCACUGUUCACAUGUCUUAACUUAAAAACAAACAUACUGCUUCUUGUUGCCUGACUUAGAGCAUUCUAAGGUUCUGUCCAAAUAAAAAGAUAAAUAAAAUAAAUUUAACUAAGUGAAAAACACAUUCUUCCAAAUAAACUCUAUAUAUGGUAUGGAUUGAAAUUACUUUGCAGGAAGACAGUCAGUCACUCCUCCUGAAAAGGGACCUGCAGUGUCAAUAGUAAUUUGUGCAUUCUUGAAUGAUCUGAAUAUGUUUCUACUGGGCUGGUUUAACAGUAUACUACUCCAAAAGUCCAGUUUUGAUGGCCGAUGACGUCUUUGGGUCAGGAAGGUGAACUGUGCCAAGAAAGUAGUUUUCAGUGACGUGAAUAAAUCCUGUUAGUGCAGUUAACUGGAGAGAUUGCACUGAUGCUUUGGUAACUGACAAAAGGAGGCUUUGUCCGACACCAGCAUUGUGGAAACUGGUGCUGUUUUCUGUCACACUGGGAUUCUGAGGAGCACCGGGGUUCUGAAUAUCAUGGCACUUUUUACUGGUGUGCAGUCACAUUCCUAUUGUGGUAGACUGGUUAGACCUGCGAUUGCAAUCACUUCUAUCUCCCCCCUCAAAGAAAGCGUGGAGAAACAAAAGAAAGCACAGAAUUACCCUAAUUAUAGAAUAUUACAGAAUAUUUCUUUGCCAUUAACUCUGCCAGUACUCGCCUCAUUUAGGCUUGAUGAAAACAGGUUCCAGUAUUUAGGGCAGGUAUAUCGUCUCUUGAUCACAGUGAAUUUGCAUGUCUCAAAUUCUGCUUAUUACUGGAGUGUCCAAUCAGAGUCUGUCAUACUCCGGAGAGAGGAAGAUAGAAAUGAUUUCUUUUUUAAUUCAUUUUUAGUUUAUCAGUUGCAGCCAUUGGGGAAACAGCAGUGAAGUUGUAAUCUUUUCUUGGACCAGAACUUGUGUGUGUGUGUGUGUGUGCGUGUGUGCGCGCGCGCACAAGAAUGAGAGAUUUUUCUGUAAUCUUCCAGAACAUUGCAACCUGUGAAACAGUAGCCUUGAUUUUUCACACAGCAAACAUAACAGGGUGGAACAGUUAAUGAGUCGACUGUGUUUUGUUUUGUUUUCACAAGUGUUCACCGCCCCAUCUGCGCUGCAUGCAGAGGGCUCACUCACUGCGAAAUCUGAGCCGAGGGCAUCUGGAGGGAUCAAAGGUGUGGGAGGGUCGCCCUCUAGUAGGUCGCAGAAGGCCUAGAGGGUGGUGUUGCCGCAGGAUUUCCGCCUUCUGCAUUGCACUGCGCAGUCCCCAUGGAACCAUGAGGCACUUGAGGCCUUGCCUCUCCCAGCCUCUGGGGAGCAGAGUGGAGUCACAGCCCUCUGGGAGUGUUUUGCAUUAGUUUUGUAAAUAUGUUGCUAUAUAGUUAAGUUCCUUCAUGGCAAAGAAAGAUUUACUGUUUUGAUAUUAGGAGUCAGCCCACAUAAAGUCUCUUAAGACUUUGCUUAGAAGAAAAAAAGUCAUCCUUUGUGGCUUUUAAAAGAAGAAAAAAAGUUCCCUGCAAAACCGCUACUCCUUCUCCUCCUCCUUUCUCUUCUCCACGUACAGCGCUAAUUGGAAGCUCCUUCUAAACCUCCUGAACCAGAAGCAGUGUCUCUCCUGCGAAGCCUGGGUUUCACAUGUGGUAGUUUACAGAUUCGCCAUUUCCACCUAGUGCUGGAUUAACGCCUUUGUUGUUCCUCCCACCUCAGCUUUUUAAAAAACAGCGUAGCCUGAGCCACAUUCACUUUGUAGCUCACAAAAAGGAUAUGAUAACCACAGUGAUUUUUGCCACAAUUGUGUGAUUUUGAUAUUUCUCAAAUAUUCUUUUAGCCUGCCCUAGUUGAGAGUAGAUUUAGAAAUGUUGGAAAUGUCUGGAGAAGUUUCCACAGUGGAGAUUUUUGUUUUAAGAGAAAUGAGAGUUGGCUAUAAUCGAUAACAUAAGUCCAUUCUAGUCUCGUCUGCACUAAAGAAAAUAAUCCACAUCUUUACAAAAAAUAGGAGACGUGCAGGACAGUUAGCUCAAGCAGCUGUGGGGGUGACGGGUAGAUUAUUUAAUGGUGACUAAAUAAUCCAAGGAGUUCUUCUUCUAGUUCCCAUUUUUAAGGCAGGUCAGACCUGAGGCUCUACAGUUCACACCGCCCAUUGGAGGUAGCAGUCGUUUCUUUUGAUCCCUGCUGAGAUGGAACCUAGUUCCCCAGGGCACUGGGAGGCACCCAUCUCCCUGAGAGUAGACAGAAAAGCACCCUAGAGUCAGACUGUGCUCUGGGGUGAGCACUGUGGACAGAGACCUCACCAUCCAGGACAGCUGAGGGAAGCCUCACUCUGUGCUGCCAUUGUAGCUGCUCUGGCAGACAAGUGUUUGUUUUCCAUGUCACUUUAAAUGUCACCCAAAGGAGUUAGAUAUUUGGGAUUUUAAGAUAAAAAUUGCAGAUUGGGAGAAUUUUUAGCCAUCCUUAAAAAAUAACUGUUUCCCUUGCAUCGAGUUGCUUGAGGUCACCACAGGUCCUGGGAACCUGGAGAUUCUAGGCCGACCCUCCUUUCAGGCCACCAGCCUCCCGCCCUGCCUCUAAAAGGGCAGCUUCAGACUUUGACUGUUAGACCCAGAAACUCUUCCUUGUCUUUAGCUGAUAAAGACAAGGGAUAUGCGAGGCCUACUCAGGACAUCUAAGAAAAUGAUACCUCUUAACCUUUAGAUUAAUCAAGUAGUUUGUCCUCCUGGUCCCCUUCAAAAUUAAUUUAAAAAAAGGGGGGGGGGCGAGACUCCAGUUUGAUUUUGACUCAGGCAUACUCCUGCGCAGAGGCUGGCAGUCACAUGAUUUUGGCUGUCUCUGCAAUAGGAAACUUUCUAAGGAAGAGGCAUGUCUUUCCCCUGCAGCUUUGUUUAUAUUAUUUGCGCUUGUCUUAGAAAAUGAAACAGUCCACCUGGGAAGGGGAGCUCGAAGGAAAGGCACCUUAACUCAGAAUUCAGCAGACCUGGAAGAAUUCUGCUGAAGAAGAAAGUGCUUUGGGCCAAAAAAGCAAGAUUAAUAUCUAGAAGGUGGAGAGAGUCAUUGUUUCUGUUCCUCGAGCAAUCAGUUUAAUUACUUGACGCUUCCUUUGGCUUGUAUUCUCAAAUCAUAACCCCAAAACUUACUUGACUUACCGGUAAAACACCAAAAAAAGCAUUUAAGCCUCUAGAGACAGGCUUUAAAUGAUAGAAACACAGCAGCAGUCAUUGUCAUUUUGCUAGAGUCAUCACCACCCCGGCCAAACCAAAUGAGGAAUUCUAUUAAUCACUGAGUCGGGGGACAUAAAUGCUAGUUCCCAAAUAAUCAUCUGCCACCUUGCUUCCCACUGAUGAACGUUGCCUGUGGGUUGUACCUUUCAGCGGACAGCUCAACAAUACAGUAAAAUAGCUCUUCUGGGCUUGAGGUUCCAGCCAGGCACUUCCAUCAAAAUCUUAAGUCUUUGGAACUCCUCGGGGGGGAAAAAGCAAGAUGCAUCAGUCCAAAUGCUGGGCCUUAAGACUAUACUUCCCUUUCUGUAGUGUUGGGUAAAGUCUCUCACCUUCAGGAAAUCAUUUUACCAGUUAAGGUUGCCCGUAAACCCCUCCAAAAAGUAAUCCUGAUGUGAGCCUGUCUUCCUGAGCAUUUUCACGCUGAAUUGAUACUACCUAAAGCAUUGGCAGAGCUAUGUAACCUCUUUCGCCUCUUAAUUUUCUCGACAAAAAGCUUUCCAGGGUUAAACCUUGGUCUUUGAACCACUAUUUGUUAUGGAGAAAAUGUGUCAAUAAUAAAUGAUCCAGUAACAUAGUUUUAGUUACUUACACAGCAGCGUAACAGAGACGACUUGUGCCAGGGAAAGUACAGGCUGAUUAUAGAGACACUCAGGUAGAGGAGCGGAUGGGUCUGCUGCCCACACAGCCUGCGCACGGAGCAGACUGGAAGUUAGGUCUUGGAGAACUUCCAAAGCACUGAAGAGAAGGGAAGCCUUAGAGGGUCUUUGCUUAGUGAGCAAGAGGUCUGUAUUCUUCCCAGGAACAUGAAGGAGUUGAGAAGGGAGAUGACAGGCAUCUAAGCUACAGCUCACUGAUAGGAGCCUACCCUUUCACCUCUUCUCACAUGACUAUGAGCAUGUGUCCUCAGAAUUUUCCAAGGGGACACCUCUCCACAUCAAAACCUAAUUUGCUUCAGAUAUGUUGUUCAGCCUCUGAGAACCUCACUCAGAAGAUGGUCAUAGACGUGUUGUUCAGGGUGCAGAUACAUAGGGAGCCCAGGGCCCAGUGACAUAGGGUGGCAUUGUGGCAUUAGUGGGUAGAAGAGUAAUUGGUCCACUCAGUUGUGAAAGAAAUUCAGGGUGUGGUACAGUUUUAUAAAUGCCAGAUCUGUUUUCUUGUUCCAUGGUCUAAAAACUUUCAAACUGGUUUAUAAUCAAAGAAAGGGUGGGUGACUAGAAAUUUAACUAGAAAGUCAAAUUUCCGUUAGUGCAUCUAAAGAAAGACAGCUACCAGUUUGCCAUGGGCUUAGGUCAAGCCCAUUUGAGGAUGCUGGGAGCUGUUUUAAAAUGAAAGUGAUAUCCAUGUGAAGCAAGCAUCUCUCACCUAGUCAAGUGUAGCAGAGAGAGGAAGUGAAGUGGCAGCCCAUGAGUAGCAUCUUCAUACUUUGCUCCUGACAACCCAGCCUUUAUUUCAAGGGCCUUGUCUUCCAUCCUCUGCACUGACCUUGGCAGGGGAUGGGCUCUGAGGAGGAAAUGAGGCAGCAGCUCUGUUUGCUCAGUUGCAAGGUAUGGUCUCCAAACAGCAUAAAGGUUUUUUAAGAGGUUUCCUCACUAUGAUCACCUCCACUCCAUCUGCCAUCAGCAUCAGAGGGUUAAUAUUCCUGAGACCAUUCCAGUUUUAAAAGAGAAGAACUAGCUGUGCUUCCUCCCAUGUCACAGGCGUACCACCCAGAUACCGUCUCCCUUUUGGCCAAGUUCAAAAGUGUUUCCAGGGAACUCCCCCCCGCCCCCCGCCCGCUUCCCUUGGAUUGAGGCAAAGCAGCCAAGAUAUAUUGAGUUUAACUUUAGUUCUAAAGAACAAGAAUUCUUGUCCCUUCCCCCUCGUGUUCCUACAUUUUAGCUGAGGCUGAACUGGCCAAGUCUAAUAAUGAUUCCAGAACUGAGAUAGAGCAGGAGGCCCGCACACCCAGAGACCAGACUCCUGGGUAUCACACAGUGGCUCAAACGCAAUUGCUCUGAUCCCCUAGAACUCUGCUACUGUUCUUUCCAUCAGGACCACUCAGAAAGGCAAACAACUUGGCCUUCCCGUUAGGUCACCUAGUCCCUUGGCCAACAGAGACAAAGUGUAUGGAUCACUGUUUAGGGAGUGUUUUGUAUUUGUAGAAAGGGUAGGAAAUGGAACGACCAACAGGCAGAGUCAUCCUUGGAGCAGAGGGUGGCAGGAAUAACCCUGGUUGAGCUCAACAAAACUGAGGAAUCCAAGGAAUGGCACUUGGAGGGAAGGAGGUGGUGUUCCUUAAAGUUCUUUCGACCUGGUGCCGGGCUUAGGAAACAGGAGUUUUGGAGUAGUAUUGCCCCCACCCCCAAUCCGGAGGUGCUCCGGGACUUAGAAAUUUUGAAACCCAAGGGCGCAUGGUGGUGUUUUCAGUUUUUUCCUUUGUUUCUAAAACAAUCUUACUUGGUACUGCAUGGAAAAUCGCGCUUUCCUUUCUGCCCUGUCUGCCCAGGCCUGGCCUCUUCCCGAGCGACUUCGCAGUACUUGUAAGGAGGACCUCACAGUGCUCUCAGGAACUGAGGGGGAAUGGGAUUUGGUCCAGAGAAGGCAGAAGGAAACUGAGUUUUCCCCUUUGCUUUUCUCAAGGAAGGUGUCUGGGCUUCCUUCACACCCCUCUUUCCCAUGGGUGCAGGCUUGUUUUUUACCAGCGGCAGUGGUACAAUCAGGUUGUGGAGGAGGCAGAAAUGAAAGGGAAACUGGGUCCAGCCCCAGUUUGUGUCUGAGACGUGUGCACAGCAGAUGCGAGUCCUACUUUCCCCCCUUUGACAGCAGACUGGCCAUGUGUAACCAUUCCCCUUCUGUACUAAAGCGUCCCCUUAUGUGGUGCCAGCAACAAUCAGAGGACAGACACUCUCCUUCUGUGGUCUAGACAGAGCUUUGGUACUACCCCUAAAAUUCUGCCAUCCCCAUAUCCCACCCCUUUUUGUAAAAACAAAUGCUUAAACCUGUGAGUGUACAGUUCCUUUCUAUGUGUUAAUCAGUUUCUUUCCAUUUGAGCUGUGUGGGAGGGAAGGGCAUUGGAUUGUAGGUUGUAAUCUUGUGCCAACCAAUAAAAACCAGUAUUUCACAC